AUGUCAUCUACCAGUGAUAGUACAACUAAUGACACAAGAGGGAAGAAACCGCUUAAAUUCGUGUCAGAAGGAGUAGGUAAUAUAGAGGCUCAGAAGAUACGAGAGCAAGUGGAGCAAAAAAAAUACGAAGCAGAGUAUAAGAGGAAAACCAGAAAAUCCCUUCGAGACCAACUUAGGUCCAACGCUAUCAGCAAGCAAAAACAAUAUAAUGGUUUAGUGAGAAACCGUGAAAGUUUUACUAGAUUGACCAAAGAGGAUUUAGAGUUUUACCAGACCAGCAAGGAUGAGUUGCUGAAAAAGGAAAAGGAACUGGAUGGCUACUUAAACGCCAAGGCAAUCAAUUUUGAAAGGAAAAAGAAAGCUUUAAUCAUGGAGGAGGAUUCUACCAGUAACGAGGAAAAUCGCCCAGAGCCUGGCACCAGUUUGGGCAGUAAAACAAAAAUCAAGGGCGUCAAGCCAUACAGUCUUAAACCGAAAAUCAAGGUAUCCAUAAAGAAAUUGACGGAAAUGAAGAAACCUAAGAAAUGA